GUCCCGUUCGCAGCCCUUACGCGCCGCGUUGUCUUUCCCCGGCUCCCUCUCAAGGGCUGCGGGUCACCUGGAUGGAGGAGGGGUUGGGGGUGAGGAGAAAGCCCUCUUCCGGCGCAAGCGCAUAACUUUCCGGGGCGCUGCGCCCCACUACUAGUAGCAUCCCCUCCGGCGCAGGCGCAGAAUGUUCCUUUCCCUCCCUUGGUGCGUUCCCCCUUCUCCCGGGGCAGUGGGCUGGGGAAUGUCAGUCCCUGUCCUGAGGGGGUAGCCAGGAGGGAGGACUCCAGGGAAUGGGAGAAAGCCUUCUUCCAAGCCUUCCUGCGGAUUAUUCGCAGACUUCAAAUCUGGGUUUUCCUCCCUGUCGGUUGAGUCCCAGAGAGGUCUCAUCUGAAGUACUGUGUUCAGUUCUGCAUAUACUGAUAAAGAUAUUGAUAACCUGGAAAAUAGCCAGAGGAAAACCCUUAGGAUGUGAAGUUCUGUCUUCAGAAUACGGGACAACUUGGUGCACACAUUGGAGAAGCCGUUGAAAAUUGAGUGGAAACGAAAUCAAAGAAGCAGAUAGAGUUCACUUGCUGUCGAGGGCCUUGUGCCUCUCCUUCCUUGCCCAGCAGAGACCAUGUACUGCCUUCAGUGGUUACUGCCUGUACUGCUCAUCCCAAAGCCCCUCAACCCAGCUCUCUGGUUCAGUCACUCGAUGUUCAUGGGCUUCUACCUUCUGAGCUUUCUCCUGGAGCGGAAGCCAUGCACAAUCUGUGCCUUGGUCUUCCUGGCAGCCUUGUUCCUUAUCUGUUACAGCUGUUGGGGGAACUGUUUCUUAUAUCACUGCACUGGCUCCCACCUCCCUGAAUCAGCUCAUGAUCCCAGGAUAGUGGGGACUUAGGAGCCUCAUGGCUGCUAACUGAUUGGCUUUCAAUAUGAGAACCCAAGGGGAAAGGAUGUUCACGAUAUGAUUGAUCACAGGCUUCCUGCACGUCUGUGUAGACUAGAUUAGUACAUUCCUGAUUGGGCAUCCUUCACCUGUGACAUGUCACUUCCAGUUUUUUAUGAUGUGAACAACAGCACCACCUGGUGCUUUCGGUUUGAAGCCCAGCAGUGGUCAGUGGUUGUUGCUGUUUUCCUUCCCUGCCUUCAUUCCUACACCUCACUGACUGGAUGAUCACCCUUUCAUCUCACAUCCUGCCAGGGGACCAGACUCAACACGGCCAGCCUAACUCUGCUGAUCCAGGGAUCUCCACUAUGUGGCAGCAGACCUCAUGUCUUGUUUUUACCUAGGCGAACCUUGUCUGGACUGCAACUAGUUUCCUUCUCUCCAACCUUUCAGCCUUAUAUUGCCCAUAGGGCCAGUUGAGUCAUUGUCAACACAGGUCUCUUAACUGCAGAAACCCCAGCUCUUCAAUGAAGCCAGUGGCACCUGGGAUCUCUAGCCUCCUGCUCAGUAGGCUAGAAUGAAAUGUUUUGGCAUUUCAGUGCUGUCCACAUUUAACUCUCCUGUUUCUUUUUCUGAAACAAUAACACUCUUGCAAUAGUUCCUGGGUAUAAGAACAGGUCUUGCCCCACAGUGCCACAUCCCGCCCCAAUCAAUUUCUAGAGUUUACAGGGUUCUCAUUUCUUGGGGGCAGUACUACGAGCUGUUGGGGUUUUUUAUCUUUCAUCCCAAUUCCUUUAAAUCUGCUGAUGCCCACAUGAUUGGGUUGGAGAGCAGGUCUUUGCUUUCAGAAUGGUAAUGAGCAAUCAGUGGUUGGGGGAUUAUCUUGUUUUUAUUAGCUGGGAAGAAUGUAUAUUGUGUAUCUGAAUUGGGAAUUUAUCACUAGCACAGUUGAUAACUCUACAGUGGUGGAGAUUGUUGAAGGACACAAGCCCUAGAACGCAUCAGCCUGAACAGAACAACUCAGGAGAGGUGAUAAGAAGUAGCCACUUCGUUCCUUACUGGGACCCCUAGGCUUUGUCUCUUCGAAGAUCCCAUUGUACAAAGAAAUACCCAGGAAGAAGACUUUCUUGUUUUUCUUAGUAUGCUUUCAGUCUGAUCCACUCACUCAUCUUCCCUUGAAUUGAUUGAGGAGUGGGAGGUGACCUGGGCAGAGGACUGAACUUGGUGCUUGUCACCUGAGGAAUUGGACCUAACAGCAACAUUUUUGAAAUUUAAGGGCUGCUGGUUAAAACAUUGUUUAUUUUUGGUUGGCUCAAUUGCACAGCUGUUUAAGAUGUUUAAU